AUGAAGUUUCGCGAUGGAAUGUGGCUCGUCGCAGCCGACAAGCAUGUCCAGUAUGCCGAGGACAUCUACACCAUCACUCCUCGCGACGAUAAAGCGCUCAAUCUCCUUUGCCCCACCCGACACAUUCGCUCCCGCGGCGACACCUUGAACUUGAGUACCAUCAACGUCGAGAUCGAGGCUCAGUUCGACGGCGUCAUCUCCAUAGAAGCCACUCAUUUCUCCGGAGCUCAAAGGAAGGGGCCGAACUUUGAUCUGUAUCCUGAUGGACGGCCAGAGCUUGGACCGACAAGUAUCAGCAAAGGGGACAAGGGCACUACGCUCACAUCUGGAGCUCUGUCUGCCACUGUCGGGCCGGACCCUCAAGCUUUCGACAUUCGCUUCCACGCCACCGACGGCUCGAAAGAGCUCACACAGCUGCUGAACCGUAGCGUAGGCCUUGCGUACAGCCCGCCAACGGCCAACCCGAAGCAAGUUGAGGACAUGCGUAACCUCCAACACUACAUCUUUACGCAGCAUGAACUAGGCGUGGGUGAGUCCAUCCACGGCCUGGGAGAACGGUUCGGGGCUUGGAACAAGGUGGGCCAGACGGUCGAGUUGUGGAAUGAGGACGGCGGCACUUCUAGUGACCAGGCUUACAAGAACAUCUCUUUCUACCUCAGCUCCAAAGGCUACGGCAUCUUCAUCGACACCCCAGACAGAGUGUCCCUUGAGAUUGGUAGUGAACGCUGCUGUCGCCUUCAGACAUCAGUUGAGGGUCAGCGGCUGAAGUGGUACAUCAUCUACGGGCCCUCGGGACCCAAGGAAGUGCUGACAAAGUAUUCGAUCCUCACCGGAAAGCCCGGAAAGCUGCCUGCUUGGAGUUUUGGGUUGUGGCUCUCGACGUCCUUCACAACCGACUAUGAUGAGAAGACGGUUACCCACUUCCUCGAGGAGAUGCGCUCGCGCGAGGUGCCCGUCGAAACAUUUCACUUCGACUGCUUCUGGCUGAGGGCUUUCCAUUGGUGCGACUUCGUAUUCUCGUCGGAGCAUUUUCCAGAUCCGGCGGGUCAGAUCAGGCGGAUGAAGGAGAGCAAGCUGGCUCACAAGGUGUGCGUCUGGAUCAACCCGUAUCUGGGCCAGGCAUCUCCCGUGUUCCAGUACGCAGCUGAGCGGGGCUACCUGCUUAAACGCAAGAACGGAGACGUGUGGCAGUGGGAUCUCUGGCAGACGGGCAUGGGUAUCGUGGACAUCACGAACCCCGAGGCGCGUGACUGGUACGUGGCCUGUCUGAAGCAACUGUUCGACCUGGGCAUCGACACCAUCAAGACGGAUUUUGGGGAACGCAUUCCCGCCACGGAUGUCCAGUGGCACGACAAGACGGUUGAUCCAGGCCGCAUGCACAACUAUUACGCCUUCUGGUACAACAAAAUGGUGUAUGAGGCGCUGCAGGACCGCUACGGAAAGGACCAGGCUGUUCUUUUUGCGCGUGCCGCCACUGCUGGGACACAACGCUUCCCACUGUGCUGGGGCGGCGACUGCGAGUCGACGCCCGCCGCUCUUGCCGAGUCAGUGCGUGGCGGAUUGUCCAUCGGGCUGUCAGGCUUCAGCUUCUGGUCCUGCGACAUCGGUGGCUUCGAGGGGAAUCCGCCACCGUGGAUUUACAAACGGUGGGUAGCGUUCGGGUUGCUGUGCUCGCACAGUCGUCUGCACGGGUCGAACUCAUACCGCGUGCCCUGGCUCAUCGACAGCGGAGCGGCCGGCGAGGGCAGCGCAACGAGCGUGCUGCGCACCUUUGUGCGCCUCAAGCGUCGGCUGAUGCCGUAUCUGUACGCGCAAGGCGAGGUCAGCCGGCGCAACGGCUGGCCGCUGUCGCUGCGAGCCAUGUGCCUCGAGUUCCCGGACGACCCGACCAGCUGGUUCCUGGACAGGCAGUUCAUGGUGGGUGACAGCCUGCUGGCAGCCCCCGUGUUUAGCGAGGACGGCGAGGUCGAGUUCUACCUGCCGGCGGGCAGGUGGACGUCCUGGUGGGACGGCAGCGUGGUCGAGGGUGCCGGCUGGCGCCGCGAGAAACACGGGUUUGAGACGCUGCCGCUGUACGUGCGCGAGGGUGCGGUGCUGGUGCUGGGACAGGAGCAGGAAGGCGUCAAGGGAGAAGGGUUUGCGUACGACUGGCUGGGCGGCGGGGCAGAGGUCCGGCUGUACCACACCAAGGGCGGCGAACGGGCAGAGGUGGUGGACGCGCAGGGCUCGCGGGUAGCGACGCUGACCGUGGCGGAGGGCGGGGCGAGCAUCGUCGACGACGGGCUGCAGAAAAUGGGGGCGGCGGCGACGGUUCGGCGCGUGUAA